AAUUCUACUCCAAUUACAGUGAUUGCGAGUGACAUCACAGCUAUGUCUGACAACCCGGAAGAAAGUGCAGAUUACCUUCGAUUUGUGUAUAUGUAUAUAGACUUGGCUACGGAAAGUGUCUUAAAUGUGUUUAUAAAAUGUUCGCCAAGUAAUGAUGCAGAGACCUUUUUGAAAUCUGAAGUUUCUGAAACAAAGUUAAAGGUACUUAAAGAUCGUAGAGUUCUGAAUAAACAAGAAUAUGACACGGUCAAUGCAAGACCACUGGAUCUGUAUCAGUUUGAUAUUGCUUUGUUGAUCACGCUGUCGAUCAAUUUAUUCUCGGCACAACAACUACCACCUCCAAAGAGAGGCUGGAAUAAUGAUCCAAGGAAAGGAGACACAUCGAUCGCAGCGGACCUGCUACGUCUGAGGAAAAUGAGAAAUGUCAUUGUUGGUCAUUGCUCAAAAGCCCGGCUUGAAAAGCAGAAAUUUGAAGACAACUGGAAAAUAGUAUCUGACAUACUUCUUAGAUUACAACAUGAAGUAGAGCCAGACAAGGAAGCCGAAAUGCAAAGAAGAAUUGAAGAGUACCGAACGCGGAGAUUAGAUCCAUGUUUAGGUGAAAAGUAUGAAAGGAAACUGAAGAACUGGUCCCAUGAUAUUUCCGCAAUUCAAAAAGAGGUGGAAGACCUAGCAAAGAAGCUUGAAGGUUUUGAUGUCUACUUCAGAAAUAAAUCUGAUAAAUACGAAAGGUACAUAAAGCUUUUGAUCGAAGGUGGUCAGUUUGUUUUAUUAACUUACCUGAAGACAGAAAUAGCAAAACGAGAAACAGAUCUUAGAAGUAUUUUGAAUAGGAAAAAGGACGUCCUGAAAAGUGUUGUCUGUGACCAAGAAGCUUUAAGAAAACUGUAUCCUUUAGAGUCCGAAUGUGGCUCAAAUACACCGGAUGAUUUUUCAUCGGAUACAUCUUCACUUUCCAUUAUAAUCACCCAUGUUUUGACACCCAUGAGGCUGUGAAACGGUCAGUCAAAAUGAUAAGAGACGCUCAUGAGAAUUAUAUCGACGCCGCUCUCGCAGCGUUAGAUAGUGAAAAGUUCGAAGAUUAUUUGACUGACCUCAAGGCAAGCAUACAAGUCAUCACAUCAUUCCUUCCAGAAGAG